AUGAACAAUACAACUCCGAGUGCCUCAGCCGCCAUGCAAUCAACAAACAACGACUGCGUCGCCAGUCGACACCACACCAUAAACGAAACGACCGCCCAAACCCACAUGCUACCUUGUGGCAGGGCCGGAUGUCCGACCGUUUUCGUUUACGGUGUCGGCACCAACUGGCCCACGGUCAGUUGCCUGAUCAGCGAUCACUCGCUGGUCUGCAAGGGCGGGCUUUAUGGACUCAACCAUGCACCUCCCCGCUCCAAUACGCGCGAGGCACAGCAGGCGCUAAGCCCUGCGCAGCUCGCUCCUAGGAGCAUUGCGGGCGGUCGAAAGCGGAGAAAAAAGGAGGACGAAAGAAAACAAGAGCUCGAGGACGACGAGGCCAUCACCAUUGACCAACGCUCCAGGUACUAUCCCGGACUAUGGCUGAAGCACAGGGGAAAGUGCCCCGGCAUCCGCAAGAUAGAGGCCGAUAAAGAACUUACCAGGAGAAGAGACCGGUUUCUUUUGUCGAAGGCAGAAUGGCACGCGCCAUCCACCUCCUCGUUUGACGCGAGCGGUGAAGAGUCAGACGAAGAUGAGUACGAGGUGAUGCGAUUCAGCACAUCGGAUGUGCGAUCCUUCCACGACUACUAGGAAAGAGGAGAAAAGUGACUGGUGUACCGGCACGCCACGACGAAGGAAUUCGUGGAUAGAAUUUGCAUCUUAAAUAUUGUGGGUGAGCGUCAAAGGCGAAGAUCCAGAGCGUGCUUAUCAGGCAUCGGAAAUUGUUCACUUACUAGUACCGAACGUCUACGUCCCUUUGUAGAUUUCUGUGAUGAGAUCACUAGAGAAAGGAAUGAUGAUGAUCCUUUGUGUUCAAGAUCAAAGCGUCUGGAUAUCGCCGCAAACCGAUUUUGAGUGGUCGGAAUGAACUGGCGCACUUUUCUUUGUCUUUGUGGUUGCUUUGACUUGCUUUGACUCUUCACCAGACCGUACAUUGGUUCCUCGCUAAGCUCACUAGUCCAGUCCCAUGCAUUAAUAUUUGCAGUUGAACGUUUCAAGAGGCUUGAUAUAUCGAUGG